CCAUAUUUUUCUCAAAUCAUUCAUGGGGGUUAGGAAAGGGUGAAGGUGACCAAACAAUCAUAUUUUUACAACACUCGCUAUUUAAUCGGUGAACUCAAUUCUCUGCCUAGGCAACAAAGGGAUAUUUUAAUCAUUUUAGGAGGUGCUGGAUAAACUAUGGAGGUGCAAAAAGAAUACCUCUUUAAAAUGACCAUUAACCAUAAACAAACAAAAGCCCAAGCCUAACAAUAAGGAGGGUGGCAAUUUUGAACUAAAUAAAACGGGAUCAAGAGAAAAAACAUUAACGCGCGAAAAAACUAUCUUUGGUAUUCUUUUCUUUCAGUUUCAGUCUUUGUUUGUGAAAGAAUCUUGAAAAAUGAAUUCAACUUUUUCUCUCCGUGCGGUGUUAAUUGCGGUGGUUCUUCUUGUUUCCAACGCCGUCACGGUGGUGAAUUGCAUCCCCAACAGAGAGUUAGAUUCAAUGCUCACCACUCUCCGAUCAAGAGGUUACCAUCUCUUCUGCAACGCAAUCGUCACUUCCGAUCUCCGAAUCGAUCUUCUUGCUUUCGAAGAUGCAAAUUCAAAAGAAACUCAUUCUUUCACUUUCUUCGCUCCCACCGAUUCUUCACUCUUCGCACUCGACAUGGCUCAAACGGCGUCGUCUUAUACAGAUACGCUUCGUUAUCACAUAGUUCCUCGCCGUCUCUCUCUUGCAGAGCUUCGUCGUCUUCCAAACGGUUACACGCUCCCUACACUUCUUUCCACGCGCCGGAUUCGUGUCACGCGCCGUGCUGGAUCUUCUGUUACUGUUGUCGGCGGUGUCGAUGUUGCUUUCCCUGGACUCUUUUACGGUCGUCAUGUUGUGGUUCAUGGACUCGCUGGAAUUCUACAUGUUAGAUCGAAUAAUCCUACUUCUCCGGCGCCGGUGAUUUCUCCGAUUCGGUCUCCAGAUCACCGCCGUCGUUUCUCUCCAAGAAGGAAUUCAUCUUCGCCGGAAAAUCAAACCGUUCUUGAUCCGAUUCCAAGGUCAGUCUCAUUCAACUUUACCGGUUCUCAUCAUUCAGUUGAAUCUCCGGUGCCGGCAUCGGUACCGGAAAUUGGAAAGGUUAACGUUCAUUCUCCGGUGAAUUUCAGUAACGCACCUUUUGUUGCACCGGAUUUGCCUCCAAAAUAUCCUGAUUCAAACAUAUCUUUUCCGCCGGAAGGAAUUUCCAAUACGGCAUCUCCGGCACCGGCACCGGUGGAUCUAGAACCGGUGGUGCAGAAGAAUAGUAGAGUUUCAUUGCUGGAAGUGGAGGGAGUGAUCGAAAUGUCCGAGAAAUCUGAAGUGUUGGAUGGAAUCAGAAAGUGUGAGACUGAAGCCGUUGGAUUGAAAAACCGUAUUGGUGAUAUUGAUCGUGUGGGCCACAUGCAGUGCAAUGCAGCAUAAGCUAGCUUAGCUUGUGUACUGGAUACAUCAAUCAUUUGAUGUAAAGAGUUCCAAUUUUUUUUUGGCAUUUUGUGUUUUUCUUUUUGCAUUUAAUUUCAUCUAACAUUUGAAAUUGUAUCAGUCUCUACAGGUUGAAAAAAAAACCAAUAGUUAGCUGUUAGAUAAUAUCAUCAUAAAAUCCUGAAAUAUGUACAAACAAAAACUUUUCAAUUACUUCUUGUUAAAUGCCAAUGUAUGAAUGAAUUUUUUUGAUAUGAAUUCAUUAGGAGUGACUUUGUGUAUUGUUAUAUCCAUAUUAGAAACAUAUGCUGUAAAUGGAAUCAGUCCUAACUCCUAAGUAAGGACUACAUUGAAUAUUUUGUAAACAUUUUUAAUACUUCUAAAGAGAAAGAAAAAAUAUU